AUAAAACUUCACGAGGGCGUGAAGGAUCCUCAGGUUAGCCGCCCGUAAUCCAUCCUGUAAAUCUAGAUGGAGAAAACGUAAUAUUGAAGGCAGGGCUAAAUUAAAAAGAGGUAUCGGACAAUUCGACAAAUUCCACUAAGGAUGUUAUAUCCUUUGAUUUGCAGCAGACUCUUCCCACGCCUUCGCUAACUGUGGGUCCUGCAUUCUAUUUACGAAAGGCUUGGACAUACAGCCUCAGCAUACACGAUUGUGCCAGUGGCAAAGCUAAUAUGUUUUUGUGGGCUGAAACUACUGCAAUAAGGGAAAGUGAAGAGAUUGCAAGCAUCAUGCUAAAAUACUUACAAGACAUUUUGAACCAAUGGCGUGCUUUCAUCGCCGCCACCCUCAUCGGUCGGCGAUGGAUUUUUCUGCUGAUAAUGGGGCUGCUGUUGCGUGAACUGCGGCUGGAACGGAGUGUGAUCAGAGGAGCGCGGAGUCGAAGAUUCGAGAACUUUGGAACUGUGUUUGCCAUGCUUAGUCAGGGGUACAGAUUUAACUCCAACGUGUGACUUGGACAGUCUCUCACUCAGUGCUUUCAGAGCAAUUUGCCUGCAAAAAAAAAUAAAAGCUCAUUUAGUUAUUUCGUUUACUGGACCCUUGACUGAAUAUUUCGGAAGCUAAUACGUGCUAAACCGAAAUCAUGAGCGAAGCUCUCAAGGACCCGGGCAUCGUAAAAUACCUAGGUUGAGAAGUGAACUAUUAUUGAAAAAACUGACUAACUCAAAUUGAUGAAGACAACGGAGUAGUCAAGUAGAGUACCGUGCAAAUAUUGGUUGAUUCUGGUUUUCUUCCGUAAAUAUUAAAAGACGUUUAUGCAGAUUAUUGGUAUAUUCAAAAAAAAUUAGACGAUGAGCGAGAAGCUAUACCUAAGAUCAUUUAGAUAAAACAAAGCUAAUAAACAACAUUACUAACGAAAUAUGCUUUGAUAUAUUAAAUGCUGAAAACAUAGAGAUAGCUACCAAUACCUUCAUAGAAAAAAUUCAAUAUUAUGUUAAUAUAAGCACCAAUGGAAUUAAACUAAAAAGGUGCAGAAUUAAAAGAAAAACUGGAUCAACAAUGACGUCCUGAAAGAAAUGGAAAAGGAAGACAAAAUUUAUAAAAGAAUGAUUAGUAACCCUACAAUAGAAAACAUAAAUAAUUAUAAAAAACUACACAUAAUCUGACUGAACAAAUCAAAAAUUAUAUCCAAAAAAAGAUUAGUGAAAAUGGAAACAAUUCUACAUCAGUAUGGAAUGUCUUGAAAGAAAAACGGAAACAAAAAAGAAAGAUACCACAAUUAGCUUCAUAAAAGAUGAACAGAAUCAUAUAUUUAAACCAAAACAAGAAAUUGCAAACAUAUUUGUAAAAUAUUUUUCUAAUAUAGGUGAGACAAUCAGGAAUAAAAUUCAAAAAAUUCAACGAAUAGUGAGUCUCUACAGAAAAAAUAUACAUCAAAUUCAUUCUAGCUAAAGAAUACUGAUUAAAACGAACUAUAAUAAACUUAAAAAACAAAAAAUCGCCAGGUUAUGACAAUGUAAGAGCAGA